AUGUCGGGCUUAUUCUCCCGCCGUACAUCUUACCUACCCCUUGGAAAAUCAUGGGCAGACACAGGGGAACAUAAACGGCACAACACAUAUCCCCUAGCCCACAGCUCGAGGAAGAAAGAUAGACGAUGGCCCCUCGUGUUAAGGUUCUGGAAGGGCUCUAUCCACGGCACAAUUGCCAUCCCAGUCAUCUUACACGCCCUCAUCGCCGCUUUCGUUGUAUAUGUGAACCAACAUAUCAACUCGGACUUCAACCUUCCCAGCACGAUCAUCCCCUCCCUAUCCAUCGUGGUAGGUCUCAUGCUCGUCUUCCGCAACCAGACAGCAUACUCGCGCUUCUGGAACGGCCGGCUGCACGUGAACAGCGUCACGACGGCCAUCCGGUGUCUCGCGCGGCAGAUCUUGGUCCUGGUGCCCGCGCCCGCCGUGCCGCCGAGCAUGCAGUCGAUGAAUUCCGAGAGCUACCUCGAUGCGCCGGGCUCGCGGACGCCCAUGUCUUAUUACGAGGCGGUGGCGACGCCCGGCGAUGAUGUUCUGGGCAAGGCGGACGAGGCGCGGACGAUCGAGACGGUCCGCAUCUUGAUCGCCAUGCUGUACACGAUCAAGAACCAUCUGCGCGCGGAAUGGGGCGUGGCGCUCUCCCCCGGCACGCGGCUCACGGAGGAUGGGCAGGAAGAUAUUGUGGAUGAGUAUAAGGAUCUCCUACCUCCUCAAAUGAAGGGCUAUGAGCAUCGGGGUCUAGGGUUGACUUUACAACUAUCGACUUUCAUUGAGGACUUUGUGCAAUAUGGAGUCGAGAAGAAAUGGUUCCACAACGCCGCCUCCGCAACCAUGCUCUCCUCCCUGAACCAGCUCACCUCAGCCUACGGCACCAUGGAAGUAAUCCGGCUGGUCCCGAUCCCCGUAGCGCACCUCAUCCACCACAAGCAGACGCUCGCGCUCUUCUGCGGCAUCCUGCCCUUCGCCAUGGCCUCGGAGAUGGACUGGUGGGCCGUGCCGCUCGUCGCCUUCGUCGCCUUCACGCUGUACGGCAUCGAAGGCAUCGCGCAGACCUACGAGGACCCGUUCGGCGUCGCCAAGAUCGACAUCAACCUGGACGACAUCGUCGAGGACGCGCGCCGCGAGGUCGAGGUCAUGCUGUACGCGUGGCAGAUCCAGGGCGGCCGCGGCGGCAUCUUCCGCCCCCACGCCCCCGGCGACGACGCGCCCACCAGCGACGCCAGCUCCGACUACUUCAGCCACGGCGCCGCCGCCUCCUCAACGACCACUCCUACCAAUACUGCCGCCCAGCGUCAGGAAUCCCUCCUCCGCGUCGUCGUCAAUGAUCUAAACCAGGAGAUCCAGCGCGAGACCAGUAGACGGCGGCGCGAGCGCGCAAGAGCUUCGGGCGCUGAGACGCCGCAGGACUUCUCGACUAGGGAUAGCGAAGCUGCUGCGGGACCGAGUAACAAUGUCCCGGGUCCUGGGGCUGGAGGGAAGAAAUUAAGUUGGCAUGAUGGCGGCGGCGGGGUGUAG